AUGUCUGAACAAGAAAGCUAUGAAAACAUUCCAACUAAUGAAGAACUUGUAAAUGACGUUGCCAAAGGUCUAGAGAGUCAGUUCUGUUUGAAUAAUGAAAAUGAUCCAGAAAACCCCAAAAGAAAUGCCACAACAAUAGUAGACAGUGACAGAAAUAUCGGAAUUCCAGAAAAUUUCGAGGAUUCAGACACAGACAACCAGGAAGAUCAAAAACCUGAAGAUUACAUUGAUGAAGAGCUUUUGAAAGAUUCAGAGUUGUCUCUAUCUGAUGAAGAGAAAGAAAAAAGAUGCAAAGAAGCCUCAGAGUUGAAAAAACAAGGAAAUGAAGAAUAUAAAACAGAAAAAUAUUUAGAAUCUGUCUAUACAUAUACAAAGGCUCUAAGAAUAUGUCCUCUGAAAUUUGAAAAUGAUAGAUCCAUUCUGUAUGCAAAUCGAGCAGCAUCAAAAAUUGUAUUGAACAGAAAAGAAAGUGCAAUUGAAGAUUGUACAAAGGCUAUAGAACUCAAUGAUAAAUAUGUUAGAGCAUAUUUAAGGAGAGCUAGGCUAUAUGAAGAAAGUGAUAAAUUAGAUGAAAGUUUAGCAGAUUUCAAGAGAGUUCUAGAAUUUGACAAAGGCAACAAAGAUGCAUUACAGGCUCAAUUGAGAUUGCCUCCUUUGAUUGCAGAGAGAAAUGAAAAACUCAAAACAGAAAUGCUGGGGAAACUGAAAGAUUUGGGGAACAUGAUUUUGAAGCCAUUUGGUUUAUCUACUAAUAACUUCCAGCUGAAUCAGGACCCAAAUAGUGGUGGCUAUUCAGUUAACUUCACACAAAAUCAACAUUAA